UUGUCCAGCUGUUAUGCGCGUGCAAUGAUUUGUUUUGGCGCUAAAAGUUAUUAAUUACUGCACGUAAAUUUGCUAUAUUAAGCAUGUCUGCACAAUACCAAAGAUUUAUUAAAGUACUCGAGAAGUGGCCAGCAGAAAAAACUAAAGUCGGCAGUGUGUGGAGGAGCGAGAUGACCGUCGAGUCGAAAAUCAUAUCCGGCACAGCGGUGGCCAAGACAAUACGCGAGGAGCUGCGCCAGGAGGUGAUUGAGCUGCGCGCAUCGGGCACCCAAUUUGUGCCAGGACUGCGCAUCGUCCAAGUGGGCGGUCGCGAGGAUUCCAAUGUCUACAUACGCAUGAAGAUCAAGGCCGCCACGGAAAUUGGCAUCAAUGCCGUCCAUGUUCCGCUGCCCCGUUCUAUCACCGAAUCGGAGCUGCUCGAUAAGCUGGGCGAGCUGAAUGCUGAUCCCCUGGUGCACGGCAUCAUCGUGCAGAUGCCUCUGGACUGUGAUACGCCCAUCGAUGCGCAUCGCAUCACGGACGCCGUCUCGCCCGAGAAAGAUGUGGACGGUCUGCACACCAUGAACGAGGGUCGUUUGGCCAUCGGCGAUCUCAAUGGCUUUCUGCCGUGCACACCGUGGGGCUGUCUGGAGCUGAUACGACGUACUGGCGUGGAAAUUGCCGGAGCCAGAGCCGUUGUCCUGGGCCGCAGUAAAAUUGUGGGCACACCAGCUGCCGAGCUGCUCAAAUGGGCAAAUGCCACGGUUACCGUUUGCCACUCGAAGACGCGCAAUCUGGAGGAGAUAACGCGCACCGCUGACAUACUGCUGGUGGGCAUUGGUGUGCCCGAGAUGGUUAAGGGCACUUGGAUAAAGCCAGGCGCCGUCGUCAUCGACUGUGGCAUUAAUGUCAAGCCAGACGCGACCAAGGCGAGUGGCAGUCGUUUGGUGGGUGACGUGGACUUUGAGCAGGCUAAACUGGUGGCGGGUCAUCUGACUCCCGUGCCCGGCGGCGUCGGCCCCAUGACAGUGGCCAUGCUGAUGAAGAACACGGUGGUGUCGGCAUCGCGAGCGGCGGCCCGUGCCAAACGCACCAAGUGGCCACUGCAGCUGCUACCGCUUCGGCCUGCCAGGCCCGUGCCCAGUGACAUUGAGAUAGCGCGCGCACAGCAUCCCAAGAAUAUUGCCCAGCUGGCCGAGGAAAUUGGCCUACUGCCAAAGGAGGUGUCGCUCUAUGGCAGCAAGAAGGCCAAGAUCUCGCUGAGCGUUUUGCAGCGUCUGCAGGAGCAGCGAACGGGCAGCUAUGUGGUUGUCGCGGGCAUAACGCCCACACCCCUCGGCGAGGGCAAGACCACGACGCUAAUGGGCCUGGUACAGGCGCUGGGCGCGCACAAGGAGCGCAAUGUGAUCGCGGCACUGCGUCAGCCUUCGCAGGGACCAACGUUCGGCAUCAAGGGCGGUGCUGCCGGCGGUGGUUAUGCCCAGGUCAUACCCAUGGAGGAGUUCAAUUUGCAUCUCACGGGCGACAUACACGCCGUUGCGGCGGCCAAUAACUUGGUAGCCGCACAGCUGGACACGCGCAUCUUCCACGAGGCCACGCAAUCGGACACGGCGCUCUACAAUCGUCUGGUGCCGCGCAUUAAGGGCCAGCGCAUAUUCAGUCCCAUACAGUUGCGUCGCCUCAAGCGCCUGGGCAUUGAUAAAACGGAUCCCGAUACGCUGACCGAGCCGGAGGCGGCGGCCUUUGCACGGCUCAACAUUGACACCGACACGAUCAUGUGGGAGCGCGUGGUGGACAUUAAUGACAGGCAUCUACGUGAGAUAACCAUUGGCGAGUCGCCCACCGAGAAGGGCUUGAGCCGCAAGACGCGCUUCUCCAUAGCGGUGGCCAGCGAGAUUAUGGCCGUGCUGGCACUCUCGCGCAGCCUGGCGGACAUGAAGAACCGGCUGGCACAAAUGGUGGUCGCCUUUGACAAGCGCGGCCAGCCGGUGACUACCGAUGAUCUGGGCGUCACUGGCGCACUAGCUGUUCUCCUGAAGGACGCACUCGAGCCGAAUCUGAUGCAGUCUCUGGAGGGCACGCCUGUUCUGGUGCAUGCUGGUCCGUUUGCCAACAUUGCCCACGGCUGCAACUCGAUCAUUGCCGACGAGGUUGGCCUCAAGCUGGUGGGCACCGAAGGCUUCGUGUGCACUGAGGCGGGUUUUGGCUCCGAUAUUGGCAUGGAGAAGUUCUGUAACAUCAAGUGUCGCAACUCUGGCCGCAAGCCCGAUGCCAUGGUCCUGGUGACAACGGUGAGGGCCAUUAAAAUGCAUGGCGGCGGUGCGCCGGUCACGCCGGGCACACCACUCAACAAACAGUAUACGGAGGAGAAUCUGCAGCUGCUGGAGCAGGGCCUGCCCAAUCUGUUGCAGCACAUCUCCAACGGACGCGCCUUUGGCAUGCCCGUCGUUGUGUCCAUCAAUGCGCAUGUCGCCGAUACAGCGGCCGAGCACGAGCUGCUCAAGAAGGCCGCUCUGCAGGCAGGCGCCUUUGCUGCCGUGGUGUCCACCCACUGGUCAGAUGGUGGUGCAGGUGCUGUGCCACUCGCCGAUGCCGUCAUUGAAGCCUGCAAACUGGAGAAUAAGUUCAAGCUGCUCUACGAGCUUGAUCUGCCGCUUGUGGACAAGAUGAACAGGAUCGCACAAACCAUGUACGGCGCGGGCAAAGUGGAACUCACCCCGGAAGCUAUCGACCAGAUCAAACGCCUUACCGAUGCAGGAUUUGGUAAACUGCCAGUGUGCAUGUCCAAGACCUCCGGCUCCGUCACUGGCGAUGCCAAUAUUAAGGGCGCUCCCAAGGGUUUUACAAUUAAAGUUCAGAGUGUUUAUGUCUCAGCUGGCGCCGGCUUUGUGGUGGCCAUGUGCGGCGACAUAACCAAAAUGCCCGGACUCGCCACUCGCCCCGCCAUCUACGACAUUGAUCUGAACACCGAAACUGGACAAAUCGAGGGAUUGUUUUGAGAGCCCGCAGCAUGGACAAUACAUUUGGUGUACAACUGCCAGCAUCAUUUUAUGUAAAAGAAAAUUUAUGUUUUUUAUUUUAUAACCAACUGAUGGCAGCAUAAUGUACAUUUUUUUUAUUUUAUUUUUCAAAAAAAACGGAAAACGAUA